UAAAAAUAAGUGUGUCUCAUUAAAUUUUAUUGAAGGACAUUUCUACAGUUAUCAAGUUUUGAACCAAGAGCAAUGGCUUACGAUAAUCCUUCACCGUAUUACAAUGAGGUGCAGUAUUCGACGAAUUCGGAAGACUGUUCACCGAGACCAGGCGGCCAUGCUGUUCCACAACAACCACCAGUACCACCCCGGAAACAGUCACUACGACCACCCAACCAAGCGGUACCCGCCCAAACACAACAAGUAAGCUGCAUGCAACCAUCAUUUCCAUACAAGAGUAACUAUGACAGAGAUGCUUGUAUCAAAAGUAACAAUUUGCCACAUGCGACUAACCCAUCCUUUGAAAAUAGUCAGAAAAUGGUACCUUAUCAUCACUCACAUUCGCAGCAAGCUCCUCCUAUAGCCUACUCAGCUCCACAACACAAUGUAAAACAACCUCACAAUCCUAGUGCACCUAGCGCAAACGCAUUUGCUUUUACUGCUAGGAAAGAAUCAGUUCAAAUGGUGCAAGGUCACAUAUCUGUACCACAGAAUAACACAGCAGGUUUGGGCCCAGCUACUCAAGCGCAGUGUACAGUGCGCAGGAUUCGUAGAGAAAUAACUGUAUUUGAAGAGAUUGCUGUUACUAGUGUCCCCUUAGGAGUUGGUCAUGCAGCAGUUAGAGAACAACCGCUAGCAAUCGAAGCGAGAGUAGAAGAUUCAGAAGAAGUCGAAUGUAAUGUUGAGGUGGAGGUGGACUCCUGUUUUGAGAAAUGUAUGAAUUGUUGCUGUUUAGCAUAUGAUUGUUCAUGCACGAUUAAGAUCGGAAACCUUUUCCAUAAAAAUCAGUUCAUUUCAGAUACAAAGUUGAAAGAAGCCUCUCGUGAAGGACGUAAGGAAGUGAAAAACAUCUUGUUCUCACUACUAGGGGUCCAGUUUGAUGGAAAGGGGCUCUUAUUUUUCUUGAGCAUAGAUAUCCAAGCGCUGUCUAUUGAGUGGUCUCAAUUCGUAUUUGGAGCUGGUAUAUUCAUAAUUCUUGCCAACCUUUACGUGUUCGCUAUAGUAUUCGUUUGGACGUGUAUUAUCAUAGCGUUGUUCAUAUAUAUGGUGAGUAUUAUCAUUUUGAGCUUUAUUUCCGAUUAUUUAAAAAAGAAAUGUAGUGUAUAGUUGAUAGCUAGUAAUAAUUAUAAAUAUUCAGUUUUGUAUAUGUGUAUGUAUCAACCACUCAUUAUAGCUAGCUAUAUACUGCACAUGUGUACUACAUACAGUAUGGAUACUUUUGAGACACAUUAAGACGUUAGUAUACUACACGUAAACAUUAUUUGUACGCAAAUUUCUACUGAAUUGGAAUUAAAUAUUAUGAUACACUAUUAUU